UGCAAGGAGGAGGGCCAUUCGUCAUCGUCGGAUGCGAAAUCAGGAUCAAGUUUUCCCUCUUCCAGCGACCCCGACAAGUAGAAGUCGGCGAGGGCGGCGGGGAAGUGAAUAAGCGACUGUAGCAGGACUCCGAGCAUGGAGCCUAUAACGUCGUGGAGCGAGCAGAGAGUUACUGAGUGGCUCCAAGGUCUGGAUGCUUCCCUGCAGCAGUAUCCGUUCUCAGCAUGGCAGCUGUCAGGUUUGGAGCUGCUCCAGCUGUCCUCUCUGGACCUAGAGAGGCUGGGGAUCCACAAGAUAGGACACCAAGAACUCAUCCUGGAGGCUGUGGAAAAACUCUGCUCUCUGACGUAUGGUGUGGGCGGUGAGAACCUGCGUGGUCUGACAGAGAAACUCCGUGCCGUCGCCCAUACCCUCCAGAUGGGCAUCCAGGGCCGCUGGCACUCCGGUACCUAUGACGGACAGAGCACCACAAAGCUGCCAACAGGCAUACUGCGGGCUGUAGCGGAGCUCAUAACAUCUGCCAAAGGGCUCUUCUCUCUGCUCAACAGGUACCAGUUUUUCCAGCUCAGUGGAUACACAUCUAGCAAAAGCAUCAUCACCCACUGUCAAGAGCUGGGGUGUAUUGUACACAAGGACGCAACGGCCUAUGAAAAAGAAAAGGACAUCAUCUCUGCUUGUCGUCACUUGGUAGAGGUGUGUGAUGAGAUCCUGACCUCAAGCCCUGAAGUGGUCCUUACCCAUACUGCUCAGCUAGAGAGUGUCGAUCUAGUGCCUGCAUCACCUGGGGACCACCUGGGUAUUGAGAUAACGUCAACUGGCUCCAGUAACCACUUUGUGACUGGGACCGCUGCCGAGUUUCCAGCUGACUUCUGUGAGAAGAUCUUGGCCGGUGAUGAAGUGAUUCAGGUCAAUGACCAGAUCGUGGUGGGCUGGAGCAGAGCUAACCUGGUGAAGAAACUCCAGGAGAACCCAAGCGGUGUGACAUUGGUCCUGAAAAAGGUCCCAGGGUCCCUUAGACGCAGAGACAAAGCCCAGCAGCUCUCAUCCACACAGAGGGAAGUAGAGGAGGAAGAAGAAGAAGCAGAAGAAGAGGAGGAGGAGGAGGAGGAGGAAGAGGAAGCGAAUCCACGGUAUUCCAUAUUCGAGAGGGUAGCGGCUUCUGUCAGGUCCUUGUCCUUUAGGAAGGCCGUUCACGGGCCAGAGGUAACACAGCAUCCCAUGGGACAGGAGGAAUCCGAGCUGUCCUGUGACAGAGGGUUGGAUGGGAGUUUGACUGCUACCUCACAUCAAGACCCACAGGCUGGGGCAUCACUGCUACCAGGGGAGUGUGAGGGUUUGGGAGGUUCAAGGCUCUCCCCUGGACCCAGACGUGAUGGGUCAUUGUCACCCAGAUGUCCGUCCCCACUGAUAUUUGACCACGGGCGUCACAGCAUCAGUUCCUGCCCCGAAAUGGGAGAACACGAGGAAAAUAAAGACACAAAGAAGAGCUCUACAAAAGGUAUGUCAACCGCUUUGAGCCGGCGCCGGGUGUCAUGUCGCGAGCUUGUUCGACCCGACUGUGAUGGCUGGCUGUGGAAGAAGAGGAAGGAGAGCAGCGUCUUCAUCGCACAGAAGUGGCAACGCUUCUGGUUCGUCCUCAAGGGCCCAAGCCUCUACUGGUACACUAGCCAACAGGAGGAGAAAGCAGAGGGACUGGUCCAGAUAGCGAGCUACAGCAUAGAGAGCGCCGGAGAGCACAAGAGGAAAUAUGUGUUCAAAAUGUGCCACCAGCGAUUCCAGACCUUCUUCUUUGCUGCUGAGAAUGUCAGUGACAUGAGCAAAUGGAUCAACUGUCUGAUCACAGCAAUUCAGAAGCAUAAGAAGUUUCACCAAGGCCCACCAGACAGCGAGGAGGAGUGCUACAGUGAGACAGAGUCAGAAGAUGAGAGGUCCCCUUCACCAUGCAGGAGAAACAAGAAAAUGCAAUCCAACACUUUGCCUCGCCCCAAGGGGAGGAAGACUAAAGUGCCAUUAACAAUUUCUGCAACAGGGGGCAGCAAAGGAACAGGUGCGCCAGUGGAUGAAAUGGGUGUGCUGUUCAAGAGACUAAAGGAGGGGGGAGUGUCUCUCAUUGGCCAUGACCAGCCGCUGACACAUGACCAAUUCAGGAAAUCUUUCAUCCGACGCAACAGGAACCCAGUCAUCAAUGAGAAGGUGCACACACUCCGUGCCCUGCAGAGCACACUCAAGGCUAAAGAGGCUGAGCUGCUGUCAGUCAACAAGAUCCUGGAGGACCCUGGUCUGACUGCUGUCAGAUUCCGCCAGUGGAAGGAGAGCAAUGAGGAGCUGUGUCAGGAAAUCGAGAAACUGGCCCUCCUCAAGACCGCCAAAGAAAACGUCAUGGCGGCCGAGGACACACCCGCCAGCAUGGUCCCCGGGGAAACGGUUGCCACGGAAACAGCCUCCUCAGUGGUGGAGGAUGCAUGCACACUGAGCCUCAGCGAGGGGGAACAGUUGGUGGAUGCGGAGCCCUCUGACAUUCUCGUGGAGAUCCCGUCAGCUUCUCUGAAUGACGAAACCUCUCCAGUGUUAGAAAUCUCCCUGGGAUCAUUGCAGGAAUCCAUAAACAAGCAGCUGAGUGAAAUGGCAAGUAAUUCGGCCAGUGGAGGAGUGGCAGAAAACUACUUCUACAUUUAAAACCUGUCUGGAGAUGCCACACCGACCGUUGUCCACAAUGCGGUCAUUUGAGAGACAUUUGGCAUGGUAUGCAAAUUAGGUGCAUUUUACUUUGCCCGAUGUAGCAAUUCAUUGAAAAGGAUGAGUCAAAUGACUGUUUAACCGGUCCUUGGAUCGGCUGUGUCGGUAAAAGGCAUCUAUUCUGGCGUGUUUGUUGCUUUUCACUGAAGACGGAGAAGAUGGGGCUAUUUGAAUCAAACCCAAACUCACUUGACUGGCCAGAGCACAUAUUAACUGAUUCAAGAAUCAUGCUUUCUACUUCAAGAGAAGUAUCAUUGCCAAGUUUAAGUCUUAAUUCAUAGAUAGAGUAUCUGUUUAUGGGAUUCUACGGUUCUCUUAAGCUUUCAAUCUUUUGCUGAUAAGAAAAAAAUAUAUAUAAUUUUUAGAGUUUUAUGAGUAUUUCUUUGUAUUAUAUAUAUAAAGCCUUUUUUUGUAAAUAAAGUUUUCCCAUAAGUAUCAAUUUGUGUUUACUGACAUUACCUUAAUAAAGGUAUACAUUUAAAGCAAUUUGCACAGAACCAAAAUCAGAUCUUGAUGAAAUGAUUUAAACUUUGUAUAAAUUACACCUUGUUUGGCACAUCAAAAGUGACACUCAUUCAUUUUUAACAACCUUGCCACACAUUUGACUUGUGUAUUCAUACACUAUGCAUUACAGUUCAUCAUAUCUGAACAAUAUAAGGGUAGGGGAUUGUCCUGGUUGCUAAAGUCCCCUGUGAAUGCCACAAGGAGGCCUUUGACGUAUAAUUUCCCGUUCGAUCCCAUUGCUUCAUCACAUGAGCACUGAAAAUAGAGGCCCUGUGCCUCCUUGUGACUGAUAUUUGUUGGCUCAAUAAAAAGAAAAAGUCUGCUUGAUUAUCAGUGAAAUGUGUCAUGAUGUAGCUGAAAAGGUGUUGGUUAAUUUGGUUGAACAAAGGGCAGUGAAUGGUGAAAUUAAAUAAGCAGUAAUCUCUGAUUAUCCUAUC